AUGCUCCGCACAGCAACAUCCCGCCUCCUCCCCCGCUCCCUCCCCCUCAGGACAUUCUCCUCCACCCCCGCCUCUUUCAUCCGAAUCCGCUCCUCCGCCCCUUCCCCCGCCGAGAAGCCUCCCCACGUUCCCGAGGAUAUCAAGAACCCAGAGGUCGUUGAGACGCAGGUGAAUGACUUGGGUGGGCAGGAGGUGAGGGGUGCACCUGAUCUUGGCACGGGCAAAGCUGCCGCUGCUGCGAAGGGGAAGGAGGCUGAAGCUCCUCUGGAACCUCCUUCCACUUCGACUACCCUCAACUCUCAGCCCUCUGCUACUCCUGGUGCUGCAGCUGAAGACAUUCCCGACACUCCCGAUUUUUCCAAACUCCCUUCUCUUGAUAUCGACCCCGACCUCCCCGCCCCCGCUGCCAUUGAGCAGCCCAAAUCCGAGCAAAACGAAGGCGGCGAGAAGAAGAAGACAGGCGCAGGGAAGAAGGAGUACGUCUCGUCGCACGAGAAGAGCAGGAGGAUGUGGAUCAGGUUGGGCUAUGGAGGAUUGGCUGUGGGUGCUAUUGGGGCGAUUUUGACGAUGGAGUCGAAGCCUGUUGAAGGGGCCGGGAAGAGUGAGGGGAUUGUGACGCAGGUGACCAAUAACGUCUCUGAACUCAUGGAUUACUUUAACAAACCCGCUUUCAAACAACUCCUCCCCGACCCUCUUCCCCCACCCCACCAACGCCCCUACACCCUCUGCAUCGACCUCGAAGGUCUCCUCGUCCACUCUUCCUGGGACAGGCAGCACGGAUGGAGGACUGCCAAACGUCCCGGAGCAGACUACUUUUUGGCUUACCUCUCUCAAUUCUACGAGAUUGUCCUUUUCACCAGCCAGCCCUUCUACGCAAGUCCCCUCCCUCCUCCUUCUGAAACUACCGGCGGCCCCAUAGCCGAAAAGAUCGACCCCUACCAAGCCUACAUCCCCUACCGCCUCUUCCGCGAAUCCACCCGCUACCUGAACGGCAAAGUCGUCAAAGACAUCUCCUACCUCAACCGAGACCCGUCCAAGGUCGUCAUCCUCGAUACCAACGCGGAGCAUGUCGGCGCACAGCCCGAGAAUGGGAUUGUUGUGAACCCCUGGGACGGAAGGGCUGGGGAUAAGGGUCUUGUUGAUUUGAUUCCUUUCUUGGAAUCAAUCGGCAUAUUCGCCCCCAAAGACGUCCGCCCAAUCCUCACAGCCUACGCCGGCAAAGACAUUCCCACCGAAUAUGCCAAGAAGGAAGCAGAGGCCAAGACCAAGGCUGUGGAAGAGUGGGAGCGGGCGCAUCCUUCGGCUGCGACAGGCGCGGGGAGCGGGUUUUUGAGUAGUAUGUUUGGGAGUGUUUCGGCUCCCGGCCAGACGAGGCCUAACCAGCCCAUGACAUACCUCGAGCAGAAACGUGCCCAGGCGCAGAGGAUUUACCAGGAAGAGCAAAAGUACUGGGCCGAGAAUGCCGACGAGUUUAAAAAGUUGAUCGAAGAAGACAAGCAAAAGCAGUUGGCAGAGAUGAAGGGUAGUCUGCUCGGGUUCCUUGGUGGGCCGGGGACCAAAACGCCGGAGGGGCCCAAGGAGAAGCUCUAA